GGGGCUGCCGCUGCGGUGCCACCGAGGCGGACGGGCCCGAUGUGAGUGAUGUCCUCGCGCAGCGCGCGGGCGGGAGGGAAAGCAGGGUCGCGGCAGGCAGCGGACGGCUGGGGUCCGGAGGCGGGCAGACCGGGAUCCGCCCCCCGCCCGCUGCUGUCUCCCCCGGCUCCCCUUGGUGGUGUGGGGGGUCGGCGGUGGAUGCGGAGCGCGCUGUGACGCAGCCGUUGGUGCGCGCGGGCGGUGCUCGGAGAGGCGGCGGCGUGGAGCGACCAGGCGGGCGUCUGGGCGCGGGGGGACCCACCGAUGGUAUCUCAGUCUCCUGCAGGCUGAGCAGCCCUAGGUUCAGCCCCUCGCUUCAAGCCUAUGGACCGGUUAUGUUAAUUAAAGUUGUUAAUUACUUUGAAAAAAAUAAUGAAUCCUGAGGAGGAAGCAGCUGUUGUGUUGAGCCACUUUUAACUGAGGACUGAAAAUGCCAACAGUUGAAAGUGAGGCAAAGGCAAAAACCAAAGUUCGCUUUGAGGAAAUCUUUAGACGUCAUGCUGGCCUUACAGACAAUAAGAAAUCAAGGACAAAGAAGUUCCAAUCUCAGGAGAAUAUUGCGCUUGACACUUUUAGAAGUAAUAUUGAUCUAACAAAAGAAAGUGGGAAUGAUGAAGCAAUUAUAAACAACACAUACAAUCCUGAAGAAGAGAGUCCCCGAUUUACAAAAAAUAAACUCAGAGAGAAAGCAUCAAUCGCGGAGAAAAUAAAUAAUGAUGUUGUUAGUGGAGAGGCGAGCAAGCAAGCAAAGUCUAACAAGAAGAAAAAGAAAUCGUUGUUACAAGAACAAUUUAAUGAGGAGGAGAAUUUAUGUGAAGCUAAAUUGGAGAGUUUUGAAAAAAAGAUUAAUGAUUUUCCAAAGAAAAAGACAAAAAGUAAAUCACAAACAGAUGUACCUCAUCAAGAAGGUGAUGGAAAGAUUAAAAAUUCCUUCACUGAAGUGAGAAACGCAACUGAGUUAGAAGAGGAAGAAGAGCUAAUUCGAGCCUAUCAGUUGCAUGUGGCUGAGAAUGAGGUAAAUGCAAUUAAAAAGAAAAUAAGAAUGAAACUUAAAGAACAGAUGUCUGAAUUUACCUCUGCCGUUCAAAGCCAUGAAGUUGCAUUGAGUGAUGAAGUGGGAAAAAAGAAGAAAAAGAAGAAAGAAAGCACAGUCGUAUGUGAAGCUGAAACAAGUGCAAUGUCCCUUUCUGAGCUACAGCAUCAUCCAGUAGAAGGUAACAAUGAAAAUCAUUUAUUGGAAAGAGAAUUUGUAUUGGAAGGACAGAAUCUGGAGGAAAGCAUGGACAAACAGAAACCUAAAGCAAAGAAGAUUAAAAAGAAAACCAAAAAAGAAAAUAACACAGAAGUUACUGCAGAAAAUGAUGAGGAAAUGAGGACUUCAGAAAUUUCAGCUCAGUCUAAAUUUGAUUCUGAUGAUGAUCUUGUGUUGGGAGUUUACAUCCAUCGAUCUGAUCGGCUUAAAACUGAUUUGGUAUCUCAUCCUGUAGUUAAAAUCCAUAUCGUUGAUCAGAAAAGUGGCUUAUAUGUCAAGAAGGAUCAUAGGGAGAGGAAAGUUGUGUCUUACUAUGAGGAAGAGCAAAUCGACCACAUUCUUCCUAUUAUGACGCAGCCAUAUGACUUCAGACAGUUUAAAUCAGCAGUCCCAGAAUGGGAGGAACAAGUCAUAUUUAAUGAGAGCUUUAAUUAUUUUAUUCAAAAUACUGAAGAAAGCCCUCAAGUAAUUCUGUUUUUUGAGAUCCUUGAUUUUCUAAGUAUGGAUGAAGUGAGAGUCAACUCUGAUGCACUAAUUCAGGACUCUGGUUUCCGAAAAAUCUGUUGGGCAUUUCUAAAGCUUGUUGGUGCAAAUGGAGUUUUAAAUGUUGAUGGAAAAGUCCGUCUGCAGUUGUAUUACCCACCUUCAAAGACCAGGCCACGUUCAGAUGUUGUUGAAGUUUAUGAAUGGUGGGCAAAAUAUCCUAGAAAUCGUUACCCAUCAACUUUAUAUGUUACUGUAAGAGGCAUAAAACUGCCAGAUCAUGUUGCCCCUUCUUUCCGUUCUAUGGUGGCAGUUCAACAGGAACAAAGUAGUGCAACACUGUGUGAGCUCCAUGGGGAGGGAUCUAGAAAAUCAUGUGAAGUCAGUUCUCCAGAGGAGAAAAAAGAGCAGCUAAAGUGGUCAAGGCUGCCUGGACAGGCUUGUCGCAUUCCAAACAAACAUCUGUUUUCACUGCGAGGUGGAGACAUGGGCUGUUUCUGUAUUCGUUUCUCUCGUGAUGGAAGAACCCUGGCAGCAGCAUGUGCAGGAAAGAAUGGCUAUCCCAUCACGUUGUAUGAAAUUCCUUCUGGACAGUUCCUGAGAGAAUUCUACGGUCACCUUAACAUAGUGUAUGAUCUUUGUUGGUCAAAGGACAGUCAACACCUUCUUACUGCAUCCUCUGAUGGUACUGUCAGAAUGUGGAAGAUUGAAACACAGGUUGCAUCUGCAGUGAAAGUUUUCCCUCAUCCUUCAUUUGUUUACACUGCGAAGUACCACCCAGUUGCUGACUCUUUGGUGGUGACAGGAUGUUAUGAUGCUGUAAUUAGAGUAUGGAAUGCCAAUGUGGAAGAAAUCCAUGGGCAACUGCUACAGGAGCUUGAUGGUCACAAAAGUUUCAUCAAUACACUUUGUUUUGAUACAGAAGGGCUCCACAUGUUCUCAGGAGAUAGUUCAGGACUGAUAAUAGUUUGGGAUACAUCUGUGAAAGGAAGUUCUCAAUGCCUGUUUCAACACUGGAGGAUUAAUAAAGAAAUAAAAGAAAAUGAUCUUAGAGGAACUCCAAUAAAUCAUUUGGAGGUGCAUCCAAAUGGCAGACGUUUAUUAAUCCAUGCCAAAGACAGUACCCUGAGAAUUACAGAUCUCAGAAUCUUGGCUACAAAGAAAUAUAUAGGUGCUACAAAUUACAGAGAGAAGAUUCACAGCACUUUAACUCCAUGUGGUACAUUUCUUUUUUCUGGAAGUGAAGAUGGAAAAGCAUAUGUAUGGAAUCCUGAGACAGGAGAUCAGGUGGCAGUAUAUUCUGAACUUUCCUUCACGUCUCCACUUCGUGAUGUUGCCUUUCAUCCACAUGAACAUAUGGUGUCAUUUUGUGCCUUUGGUCAAAAUCAACCAAUACUUGUAUAUAUUUAUGAUUAUAAAGUUGCACAACAAGAAGCUGAACUUGUAAAGGAUCUCAGCUCAUCACUUAGCACAGCUGCACCAAAAGGACCGCAAAUCAUUAGCAGUUUUUCUGAAAUUCCUAUGCAAAAAAGUUCAGUGAUGUCUCCAGCGGAUCAGUUUGUCAGUGUUGCAAGAACAUCAAUGCGAAUGCAAAAGCUGAAACAAAAACUUGAUUCUGUAAUGACAAGCUCAAAUCUCUUGCUUCCUGCUCCAUCAUCGCUGUCACCACACUCCAAACUAAGUCUGCCGAACACUUUGAGCACUCCAUUGAAUCCUCUGUAUUCUUUCUCAGGUAAAAGCGGGUGUUUCAGCCCAGUAGGAAAUCCUCUUAGCCGAACGCUAUUGGGCAGAAUACAGAUGAGUGAUGACCAUCUAACUGCACUGGGAGAAAGAGGAGGAAGCAGUUGUCUGCUCGAGCAAGAGACGGUAGUGGCUCUUUAUGACUACACAGCGCAUCGAUCAGAUGAGCUAACCAUCCAUCGCAGUGACAUUAUCCAAGUGUUAUACAAAGAUAAUGAUAACUGGUGGUUUGGCAGCCUAGCAAAUGGACAGCAAGGCUAUUUUCCAGCUAAUUAUGUGGCUGGUGAAAAAGAGUAUGAAGAACAGCCUUCAGGACUGGUACCAGACUGUGCUCCUCUUCUACCCAAAGGAACUGAAGAAACAGAGGAAAGUUCUCCGAAACCCCAUAAGUUAGAAGUCAGAAUGCAGUCAGAACAGCAGCCAGAAGUUAGAGAAAAGAUGUCACCAGCCGUCAGUAAGUCAGGGGACCUGAAAUGCAUCUCAGAGCGUGACACAGAUAGAGACUCACCUGCAACACAAAGUGUAAAGAAAAAGAAGAAAAGGAUACAGAAGAACGAGAUAGAAAAUCAGCCCUACUUAAUGGGUCUCGAUUCUCCGGUAUCAUCAGCUAAUGGUGUUGAAAAUGAACCUACAGCCCAUGGGGUGGAAUUGAAGAAGAAGAAAAGGGCGGUGAGAGGCUCUAACUUAAGUACAAGUGGAAAGACAAAUACUGCUUUUGAGCCUGAAUGCUAUGGUGUGUAGUCAUCACUUAGUUCCAAAUACUGGUGUGACAUGCAGUAUACACUUACAUUUGAAUGCUGCAACUGCAACUUCACUUCUAGGAUUGACAAGAAAUGAACAACAACAACGACAAAGAAAUAAAUUAAUUAAAUGCACAACAUGGUGCUGGUUGUGAGUUACCAGUGGUGUAAGCCUGUUCAGAACAAUUUUGCUCAGGGUUCCUUGAAAUUAACAGAACUUGCAUGCUAAGCUCCUCACCGUACUGGUAAAAUCUGAAAUGCACUUUCAUAUUUCAUGAGAAGCCCACUGACAAAUGUAGUGUUAGCCAUGUGAUUAUAUUCUAAGUCAGGCUGACCAGACAUUUCUGUGGACUGCAGACCAGUCUAUUGCAAGCAGAGAAUAGAGUCCUAAGUGUGAUUGAGAACAGAACAAGUCUGACCACAGCUGAAGUUCUUCAGUAGACAUUUUACAGUUUUGUUGUAAAAUCGAGCAGUGUUCAGAAUAGUGAAAUUUCAAAGGAAUGCAUUGAUACUACAGUGUACCUGAAAAAACAAGCUUCUAAAAAGUGUUCUCUUGAUGGGAAAUAAAUAUUCACUGGGACCACAUUCUGCAGCACUUAAGCAAAUUGUUUAGUAAGUAACUAUGCAACUACUCUGACUUCAGUGGGACUGCCCAUGCUUACCAGUACAAAUAAGUGUUGCAAAUUCAAGGCACUUUUAUUUUCAAAUGAGGUUUUAUGCACAUAAUAAAGGUGCACUGCGGUUUUGUCAGAGUUCCUGGCUGCUUUGGCAGCAGUCUUGCCAAAUAUACAUUCUUCUGUCUGAAUGAAAUAUUUCAAACUGUGUUGUUUGCUUUACUUUUUCAGUUGUACGUCAUUAAUCGUUUUCUCUUGAGUAUUAUAUUGUAAACUUUCACUAAUAAUUUCACUAAUUAUCUGCAAUUCUAAAUAAUUUAUGUUUUAUAUUAAACGAAACACUUUCUA